UUCUUCACGAGCCGUCGAAAGAAACGAAUCGUCCAGAAAAAGCUACAUGCAACACUAAACCCUACUCGCCGUCGUCACCGCUGCCGAGCCGGUUUCUUCCUCCCCUUUGCGUUAUCGGCGAUGGCUGAACUGGCCAUUCCGGCCCCCGGGCACGGCUGCGCUCCAGCUUCCUUCAAGACCGUCUUCAUCGACACCAACCUCGACACUCGCUUGGCCGUGACGAUCUCUUCCUCCGUCACCGUCGCCGAUCUUAAGAAAAAGAUCAUGGAUGAGCAUCCGCUGUGUUUCCCUAAGCUUGGAGAAAUAAAAGUCGAUGGAUUGAAGGUUGAAAGGAGGGGGUUUUACUAUCACUUGGCAGAGUCAAUGCUUGUGACAAAUGCCUUUGAUGGGCUUAAGGAAGAUUGGUUUGUUAGUAUUGAAGCUUCUACGGUAUCCAUGGAUAAGGAGGUUGAGCCUGAAAUAGCUAACUUAGCCUUAAUGAGAAUGAACAAUGGUUUGGAGGAGGAAGGUGUUAAUGUUGUUCUGGAUAGGCAUCACAAUGUUAUGUUCGAAAGGGAUUUGUUGGUUUCUCAGAAGGAGAGCAAUGACCUUUGUGUCGAAGUUGCUCGGGGAGCUCAACUUGUUGGUGGUGAUGAUUGUGGUGACCAAGUUUUGUCAAUGGUGCCGUUGGUUAGUGAUGAAGUUGUUAGAGAAGAGAAAUGUGAUGAAGAAAAAACUCAGGAUAUGGAUGUUGAAAAUACAGCAACUGGGAAAGAUUUGAGUAAGAUUGACGCAAGCAGUGUAUUGCGAGAAGGAACUUCUGAUGUGAAGGAAAAGCGUAAGAACAGAAAGAGAAGGAAAAAGGUUGUAGAUGAUCUUUCUGGUAAAAAUGUUGAUGUGUCCAUGCACAAGCUGGUAACAAAGGGAGGAGAGGAAGGGAUUAAACUAUCCAAGACUACUGCGUCGCAGGAAAGAAGUGAAGUGGACAUUGGUGAUAUGCAGAUCAUUGUUUCAGAAAAGGGUUCGUUAGUUUGUCAAAAGGAGAGCACUGACCUUCUUGUUGAAGUUGCCCGGGGAGCUCGUGGUGAUGAUUGUGGUGACCAAUUUUUGUCUAUGGUGCCAUUGGCUACUGAUGAAUUUGUUAGAGACAAGAAAUGUGACGAAGAAGAUACUCAGGAGAUGAAUGCAGAAAGAACAACAAUUGGGAAAGAUUUCAUUAAGAUUGACACAAGCAGUGUAUUGCCAGAAGGAGCUUCUGAUAGGAAGGAAAAACGCAAGAAGAGAAAGAGAAGUAAAAAGCGUGUAGAUGAUCUUGCUGGUAAAGAUGUUGAUGUGUCAAUCCACAAGUUGGGAACAAAGGGAGGAGAGGAAGAGAUUAAACUAUCCAAGACUACUGGUUCGCAGGAAAGAAGUGAUGUGGUUAUUAGAGAUAUGCAGAUCAUUGUUUCAGAAAAGGGUCCGUUGGUUUCUCUAAAGGAGAGCACUGACCUUGUUGUUGAAGUUGCCCGGGGAGCUCAACAUGUGGGUGAUGAUGAUUGUGGUGACAAAGUUUUGUCGAUGGUGCCGUUGGUUAGUGAUGAAUUUGUUAGAGAAGAUAACUGUGAUGAAGAAAAAGCUGCGGAGAUGGAUGGCGAAAGAACAGAAAUUGGGAAAGAGUUGAGUAAGAUUGAUGCAAGCAGUGUAUUGCCAGAAGGAGCUUCUGAUGUGAAUGGAAAACGUAAGAAGAGAAAGAGAAGUAAAAAGGGCGCGGAUGAUCUUUAUGGUAAAAAUAUUGAUGUGUCAAUGCACAAGUUGGGAGCAAAGGGGGGAGAUGGGGAUAUUAAACUACCUGAGACUACUGCUUUGCAGGAAAGAAUUGAAGUGGACAUUGGUGAUAUGCAGAUAACUGUUUCAGAAUCUAAUGCAAUGACCUGUGAGCCUCCUCUAUCUCAGCUACCUACAAUAGAUGAACAACUUGCGACUGCUACUCUGGAAGGCCCAAAUGCUGACUGUGUGGAUGCAGGUCAAUUGGCAAGCCAAAGCUUGGCGAAGAAGAAACGAAAAAUCAAGUCUUUUAAGAAAGUAGAUACAGAAAAUGUUGGAAGAACUCCUGGUGAAGCAAAUGCUGGUGAAGAGGUACCUCUGAAGGAAGCUGGAAUUAAAAGUGGUACUGUUGCUGAAGAGGCGCCUCCUUCAGAUACACAAAUGACGCAGCCUUCUGGUGUUUCUUUGACGGAGAAGGAACCUGAUCAUCUCCAAGAGCAACAGAAGAAUCUUCCUUUACAAGGUAUCAAUGAGUUUCAGGAACCAACAACUAAUGACAUGAAUAGAGUUGAAACAGAACAAGAGGUGCCCAAGACGGUUUCUACAAAAGUGCACAAAGAAGUUGUUGAUUCUGUAUCACACGAGGUUGAUCCGUAUGUUGAUGAUGGGAAAACAUCGAAGAAAAGAAAGAAAUCCAGGAAACAUAAGGUACUCAAGGGUGGAACAGUAUUAAUUGCUUCAGAUGCUGAUCAUGUUAGAGAUUGUUAUGAUGUACCCGAGAAAGUAGGUAAGGCUGAGAACUCUAUUCUUGAAGCUGCUGAAAAGGGAGAUGUGAAAGAAGUGGCAGCAGCUGAUAGUCCAACGGCUUCUCUUUUGGUUACAGAUAAGGAAAGCGAUGAGUUUAUUAAAAAUGUGGUAGAAUCUGCACAGGAGACCACAAAGACUGAAACUGUUGCAGAAAACAGAGAAGGGAAACUGAGAAAGAAAACAAAGAAGAAGCAUGGUUCAGAUAUUAAGAACACUGUACUACCGACACAAACAGAAGACAAGUGCCCUGAUGAAAGUAUUCCAGCUCCUACCAUGGCCAACAUUUGUGGCACAGAUUCUUCUACAUUCCCUUAUGAUACUAAUCUGCAAAAUCCUAGUCUCAAAGACUCAUUAGAUAGAGCAGAGAUCAUGUCUCCUCCAGAGGAAGUUGGCGGCAAUGUGGAAAAUGCUAGCGAGGUUGAUGGAGUCGACAUCAGCUCUUAUUUCAUUCCUAGAGAACAGAAUAAUAAGACUGCUGAUCCUAGUGAGGUUACCGGAGAUCGGGCUGAAAUGAAAAGUGAAAAGAGAGGGGAAGUGCAAGAGGCAAACCUGCAUGACAUCUCUCCCAAGUUAGGGUAUCCAACUUUUAAGGAGAAACUUGAAUCCCAUUCAAAGCCUCAGGAAAAGAAAGCAGUACCUGGUAUAGUAGAUGAGCAAAAACCUCAUUGUGAAGAGGCUCAAGAAUCAAAUGCUAUGACUCGUCCAAUUGGUGGCAAGCCAAACAAGUGCUUAGAGGAACAUCAUUCGGAGAGUUUGACAAACUCGAGUUCCCACUCCAAAAGUGACAAGAGGGAUCAAUCUCAAAGCCAGCAAACCGAUGUGAAUGGUGGGGAAGGCUAUAAUGCUCAUCCAGGCGAAGUUGUGAAUGGCAGGCUUCAUCAGAAGCAGGUUGUUGUGUCAAGAUCACUAUUCCAGCAGACUCCAUUUGGUGAUGAAUCAGAUGAUAGCUUGGAGUCCUAUCAUUUUCCAUCUCCACCCCACCAUUCACGUGCCAGCCCCCCGGAUUCCAAUCUCUCCGUAUCUCCUGUCCACUCGGAUGGUGAAACUGAUGCAGGGUUCGACAGCAUGAACAGAAAUGGCAGUAGUGGUCGAGAAGGCAUGAAGACGCCGUUGUAAGUACACGUACUCUUUUGAUGGGCUUAUGUGAAGUGGCCUACAUUUAGCCAUGUUAAUUUAAUGAGAUUAUGGUAUGCUCGCCUGAAUGUGUAGCUACUCAGGGGUUCCACUGGACACAAUCCUGAAAUGUUCAAAGAGAUACAGGAAGGCCAAGCUGGAUGCUGAAUCACAGCCUGAAGAUUUUGUCCCCUGUAGUCCGAGCACAUAAAAUGGUCAAAUCGUGAAAUCCAUUGUCGCCACAGGACGCAUAUUCUUUUGUUGAUCGCAGCAAGUCUGUUAGAAACCCACUUUUGGAUUAUUUUGGUAUUUGGACUUGUUUUUUCGUUUUAUUGACAUCGGAUGUUAUUUGGUGGAUUUUGGCAUAUUCGGGUUUAUUUGGUUGUUUAUGUUAGGACUUGGGAGGUAUUAGUUUGGUCAUCUCUUUCUCUUCUCUUUUGUGC